ACUAAGUGUACAGGAGUCUGUGGUAGUAAUCUUAGUGGCAAGACAUGUUCAAAGAUUUGCCUUGUGACAGUGUUUCCAAGUGGUCAGCGAGAGAAAGCAAUCAAGGUGUAUGCCAUCAUUGACGAUCAAAGCAACCGAUCCUUGGUGAGAUCGAAAUUCUUCAGUGUCUUUGACAUGGACGGCAACAGAUCCUCCUACUAUCUCAAAACGUGUGCAGGGAUGAUCCAAACAAGUGGUAGAAGAGCACAUGGAUUCCAGGUGGCAUCUAUUGAUGGUCGGGUCGUUCAUACUCUGCCAACCUUGAUAGAAUGUGAUAACAUCCCAGAUAAUCGGUCUGAGAUACCCUCACCACAAAUUGCUCUUCAUCAUCCACAUCUAAAAGGCAUUGCAGCACAGAUUCCAGAGGUUGAUUCAAAGGUUCCAAUUAUGAUGCUGUUAGGUAGGGAUCUCAUAGAGGUACAUAAGGUGAAGAGGUACAUUAAUGGCCCCCCUGAAGCUCCAUAUGCUCUGAAGCUGGACCUGGGCUGGGUCAUAGUUGGUGACGUGUGCCUGGGCAGAGUUCACAAGCCGGAAAGUGUUAACACUCUCUUCACCAGCACCUUGGAUAGUGGUCGUCAGUCACUGUUUAAGCCGUGUCCUAAUGUCUUUUAUAUCAAGGAGAAUGUUUGUGAUGUAAAGCCCUCAAGUUCUUGUACUGCUAUUCCACUGAAGAAGCCUGUAUGGAAAAGGGAUGACCAUGUAGAACAGGACAUCUUCAAGAGAACAAAGGAUGAUGAAAGAUUGGCUCUUUCAGUUGAGGAUUUGGCUUUCCUUCAUAUAAUGGAGAAAAGCUUUUACAAGGAUGAGAAGCACAGCUGGGUAGCUCCCCUUCCGUUCAAACUCCAGAGGCAGCGCUUACCAAACAACAGGUCACAAGUUUUAGAUCGUUUCAGAUCUCUACAGCGAUCUUUUGCUAAGAAGCCAAUCAUGAAAGAGCACUUCUUUACAUUUAUGGAGAAGAUACUGGAAAGAGGUCACGCCGAAGUAGCACCACCACUUAACCAUCAAGAAGAAUGUUGGUACUUGCCUCUCUUCGGUGUGUACCACCCAAAGAAGCCAAACCAGAUUAGAGUCGUCUUUGAUUCAAGCUGUCAGUAUGAUGGUGUCUCACUUAACGACGUUCUUCUGAAGGGACCCGACCUGAAUAAUGGACUGCUUGGAGUACUUUUGCGCUUCAGAAAGGAGGCAGUAGCGAUUACCACAGAUAUACAACAAAUGUUUCAUUGUUUUCUUGUUAGGCCAGAAGAUAGAAAUUUUCUUAGGUUCUUCUGGCAUGGAAAUAAUGAUCCAGAGCAAAACAUCAUUGAGUUCAGGAUGAAAGUCCAUAUCUUCGGUAACAGUCCUUCUCCAGCCGUCGCAAUCUAUGGCCUUAGACAGGCAGUGAAGGAAACUGAGACAGAGUUCGGAACAGACGUCCUAAAGUUCAUAGAAAGAGAUUUCUAUGUGGACGACGGCUUAAAAUCUCUACCCUCUGCAACAGCUGCCAUUGAUCUCCUUAAAAGGACACAAGAAGCACUUGCUCGCUCCAAUCUAAAGUUGCAUAAAAUUGCAUCAAACAGUGAGGAAGUUAUGAAUGUAUUUACAUCUGAAGGUGACUGCCGAGAUUCAAAGGACAUGGACCUGGACAAAGACACAUCGUCAGUCCAGCGUACUUUAGGAGUUAGCUGGAAUCUCAAAACUGACACAUUUACAUUUCAGCUGUCCAAUGAUGUGAAACCGUUUACACGCCGUGGCGUUCUCUCUACUGUGAAUGGGUUAUAUGACCCAUUCGGGUUUGCAGCUCCGGUUGUUAUUCAAGGCAAAGUUCUGAUUAGAAACCUCACAAGUGACUCACUGGACUGGGACCUACCCUUACCCCUGGAGAAAAGGGAAUCCUGGCAAAAAUGGAGGGACUCCCUUCAAGAGCUUCAACAGCUCCAAAUCCCUAGACCCUACACCAAAACCUCUCCAUCAGAAGCUUCACAUAGAGAGCUCUGUGUCUUCUCAGAUGCUUCAGUUAUGGCUAUAGCUGCAGUAGCUUAUCUCAAAAUUCUGGACAUGGAGGGAAAGUGCGAAACAAGUUUCAUCUUAGGGAAAGCCAGGCUGGCGCCUCGCCAAGAGUUGACAAUCCCUCGCCUUGAGCUCUGUAGUGCAGUGUUGGCCGUAGAGGUGGCUGACAUUAUAAUGGCAGAGUUGGAUGUUAAGUUUGAUAGAGUAACCUUUUUCACAGACAGCAAAGUGGUCCUCGGUUACAUCUAUAAUGAAAAACGCAGAUUCUAUGUCUUUGUGAAUAAUCGAGUUCAAAGAAUAAGAAGCAGUUCGCACCCUCAGCAAUGGCAUUAUGUUCCAAGUGCCCAGAAUCCAGCCGACCAUGCAACAAGGUCUGUGCCUGCAGAUCGUCUAAAAGAUACAACAUGGCUUACUGGUCCACCAUUCUUGUCCUGCUCUAAUCAGGAAUAUAACACUUCAGGUCAAUUUGAUCUUGUGGAGCCAACCAGUGAUGUUGAAGUUCGCCCUGAGGCAACAGUGCUCACUACCCAUAUCAAAGACAGCCAGCUUGGUACAAAGCGCUUCGAGGGUUUCUCCAGUUGGAAGAUACUUCUUCGAGCUGUUGCAUGUCUAAUACAUGUUGUACAGACAUUCAAAGGGAAUUCAACCAAAAAUGUGGAAAAUUGCAAAGGUUGGCAUUGUUGUAGGAUGUCGUACAAUGUAAAUGAGUUGAACCAAGCCAAAGUCACCGUCAUUCGUGCUGCACAGCAGGAAGCAUUCAUUGAGGAACUCAGAUGCAUCAGAGAUGGUAAGAACAUUUCAAAGGACAGUCCCCUCUUUACACUGAACCCCAUCAUAGACAAAGAUGGCCUUAUGAGGGUUGGAGGACGGAUCUCACACGCAGGUGUCGACUAUGAUGAAAGCAAUCCCAUCAUAAUCCCAAGAAGGCACCACAUUGCAACUUUGAUAAUGAGGUUUUACCAUGAACAAUCUCAACAUCAGGGUAGGCACAUUACUGAAGGUGCUAUACGUAUGGCAGGUUUUUGGAUUUUGGGAGCCAAAAGGAGCAUAUGUUCUCUUAUCUUUGGAUGUGUAGUUUGCCGAAGGCUACGAGGAAAGAGUGAAGUACAAAUGAUGUCUGAUUUACCGGUGGACAGGGUCAGUACUGAGCCCCCCUUUACCUAUGUAGGCACCGAUGUAUUCGGGCCUUGGACCAUCUCAGCCCGCCGCACUAGAGGUGGACAUGUGAAUAGCAAAAGAUGGGCGGUGCUGUUCACCUGUUUAACCAUCAGAGCUGUCCAUAUUGAAGUAGUGGAGUCUAUGGACACAUCUUCUUUCAUAAACGCUAUGAGACGCUUCAUUGCCAUUCGUGGUCCAAUCAAGCAGAUGCGAUCCGAUCGAGGGACCAAUUUUGUAGGGGCAUGCAGAGAACUGGACAUUCCUUCUAAUUUGGAUGAGGCAAAGGUGUCAAGGUUUCUUGCAGAACAAGGGUGCUCUUGGAUCUUCAAUCCACCCCACGCUUCGCACAUGGGUGGAGCAUGGGAGCGCAUGAUAGGUAUAACCCGAAAGAUCUUAGACUCCAUGAUGCUUCAGCUGGGACCGUCUAAAAUUACACAUGAAGUUUUCACAACAUUCUUGGCAGAGGUGACGGCGAUAAUAAACUCCAGACCGCUGAUUCCUGUAUCUGUGGAUCCUGAGGACCCCCUUAUACUCACUCCUGCAACAUUACUUACUCAGAAGUAUGGUUCUUUCCCUUGUCCUCCUGUCGAACUUGAUCAUACUGACCUCUACAGGCGACAGUGGAAACGAGUCCAAAACCUAGCUUCCACCUUUUGGGACAGGUGGCGGAAGCAGUAUCUCUCCACACUGCAACCUAGGAAAAGGUGGCAAUUCAAAAAUCAAGACAUCACAACGGGUAGUGUUGUCCUUAUGAAAGACAGUCAGUCUAAACGCAACCAGUGGCCUUUGGGGCGCAUCACUAAAGUGUUGCCUAGUGGAGAUGGAAGGGUACGAAAGGUCGAAAUCAAAAUUGUCAAUAAGGGAGAACCAAAGGUUUUUGUCAGACCUGUAACUGAAGUGGUAAUGCUCAUUCCUUCCAACUAAUUCAGUGACUGGUUUACUCCUUUAAGCGUUUGGUUACAAUGAGUCGUGGUAUCUAGUGAUACCAGGCGGGGAGUGUGUUGUGUUAUGUGAUAUAAUUAAUGUGUGCUGGCUCCUUUAAGAGAUCGUCACGUAAUGAUGAUGUCAUCAGCGCCAGACUAGUUCGUCAGUUGUUUAUAGGAAGCCAUCAAGCCCUCAUUGCAGCUCUGCUAAUCGUAAUUCAUCUGCUACAUUUCAUGUUCUUUCGAAGGCAUUGUUGUUUUACCCUACUUCCAGUCAGCCAUUAAACGAAGUGAAUUGGAUGUCUGCUUCAGUGUGGUGAUUGGUAGAGGAGUUGUCUGUCUGUCAACUGGUGCAAGGCGUAUUAGGGUGACAGAAUAGAAAUAAAUAAUUUCUAUAUUCCUUAGUUUCCAAUUACGGAAUAUUCAAAAUAAAAUAGUUAAAAAUGCUAAAAUACAGGAUGUUUAAAAGCCUACAAACA